AUGUUACAUAGAACAACAAAAUCAUUAUUUAUUAUUGACAGUAAUCCAAUAAAGAAAAAACAUUUCAAUGUUCCAAUUUCACCAAUUAAAAUAAAGAUUGCCAAGAAAAUCAACACUAGUGUUGUUCAAAACAAUGAUGAUGAAUCAAACAACAAUGACAGCAAUCUUGUAAAUGGAACUCAAUUCAAUUUCAAUGUAAAUAUUGAAGAUCUACUAUAUAAAUAUAGUAAGAAACUAUCUUCACCAUGCGACGAGGUCAUCUCUAGCAUUGUAAAUCUCAAAAAAAUCAGAAAUAUGAAUGAGGAGCUAUUGGAUACUCUAUUUUCACAUAUAACCCAACCACAACAACUACAACCAUACAAUGUACAUAAAACAAAAUCUGUGUUAUACAUAGAUCCAACACUUGCACCCAUAAUGGAUUUAAUGAUUGAUAGUCAUUCUUUUCUACAAAAAAGAAAAGGAAUUACAUCAAUACAUUCAAUUCAAAGUGAUGUUGUUGAAAUGAUACCGGAUGGAUAUAAUUUAGAUACAAUAUUUAUAAUAAAUGAUUGUAUUGAAAAUAUAAAUAGAGUUAUAAAUUGUAUAGAACAACAAAUAAAAUAUAAUAGCAGUAAUUCCAAUGAUUGUGAUGAUAGUUGUAGAUAUACCAUUGUUUAUUUUAAGAGGAUCAAUCCAGUUUCUAUAGAGUUGAUGGAAAGACAUGGAAUACAAGCGAAUCACAUUGAGUUUCCAAUCGAUUUGAUACCAUUGGACAGCGACCUACUUUCACUCCAAAUCCCAACGGAAUCAACUAUUUCAUUAUUACUCAACUAUAGUAGAUCACUAUUGGCACUCACACUUAAAUCAAUUCAAAAUCAAUUGUUUACCAAUUUUGGAUCGGUUCCAAUAAUAAGAGGAAAAGGAAAAUAUUCGAAAAUGAUAUUUAAUCAAUUGAUAAAAACAAUACAAAACAAUGGAAAUGGUGAAAAUUUGGAAAAUGAUUUGGAAAGCUACUUUGAAAGUUUGGUUUUAAUAGAUAGACACGUUGAUUUAAUAACACCCCUUUUAAUUCCAACCAGUUAUGAAGCAUUGAUAGAUGAACUUUUUCAAAUAGAUUCAAAUAUGAUUGUAAAUAAAUUGGAAAAUAAUAGUAGUAGUGUGGAUAUAGAUUUUGAUUUACCAUUAAGUUCAAACGAUAGGAUUUUCAAUACAAUUAGAAGUUUAGAAUUUAACCAGUUGGUAGAAGAGUUCGAUUCGAUUAUCAAUUCAAUUGUGGUGGUCGAUAGCGAUGGCGAUAAGGUACCAGUAGAUGAAAUCAAUAGACAUCGUGCACUGCUCAAUGAGAUGAAGAGAAUAAUGGACACACCAGAAUAUUUGGAACGUCUAACAAUGCAAGAUAAUUUAUUGAACAACCGAAACAUACAAUCGGUAGAACAAUAUAUAUUCCAACAGAUCGAAUCGAAAUCCAACUACAGCUAUAUCAUGAGAUUCAUUUCGUUGUACAGUCAGCUACUAGGUGGAAUCUCGCUCGAGUUGUACAGUGAGUGGAAAUAUCAAAUCGUUCAGCACUAUGGAUUACAAUCGAUUUCACAUUUCAAUAAUUUGGAACUGGCAGGUUUAAUAAAGUCAGUUGGUGAUGCAGGGAUGGAAUUGGAGGAAAUGGAUGGAGAUGAAGUGGAAGUUAAUACCUUUAGAAAGAUUAAAGAGAAUCUAAAACUAUAUAAAUCCAGUAGAAACGAUAAUAAUGUAUCGAUAUCAGUAAAGAUUGUAGAGCGACUGAUCAACGAAUGGAAUACACAAGAAACCAACAGUUUGGCACAACUCAUUCCAGUUCCACAAUUUGAAUUUGACAAUAGAAUACCAACAUCUCCAAGAUUUAAAUCAACCAUUAAAACAGAUAAUAACAAUAACAAUAGUAGUAGUAAUAAUAGUAAUAUUUCCAAUUCAGAUAAAUCAAACACUUCUAUGACCUCUGAUGAAAGUGAAGGUCAAAGUGAUAAUGAAAUUGAAGAUCUCGAUGAAGUAGAUGCACAGCUUUUAAAUAUACAAACAACUACGACAGCCGACCAAAAGAAAACUAUCAUCUAUUUCAUUGGUGGAGUAACUUAUUCUGAAAUCAAUUCAAUUCGUAAUCUUUCUAAAAAGCUAAAUAGGGAUUUCAUUAUCUGUACAACAUCCAUUAUCAACACAAACAAAUGGAUCAAUUAUUUUAAAUAA